AUGUCUGCCGUGGUUAAACCAUCUCCUUCGAAUGCAACAUUUCAAAACAAAGAGAAACCCCAGGAAGUGCGUCGGGCUAACGUCGUUGCAGCUAAAGCCGUGGCUGACGCCAUCAGAACUUCACUAGGACCCAAAGGGAUGGAUAAAAUGAUCAAGACCAAAGAUGGCAAGGUGAUUAUUUCCAAUGAUGGUCAUACAAUCCUCAAGCAUAUGGCAGUUUUACAUCCUGUGGCCAAAAUGUUCGUGGAUUUAUCGGGUGCACAGGAUGUUGAAGCAGGCGAUGGUACUACCAGUGUUGUCGUUAUAGCAGGAGCAUUGUUGAGUGCUGCAGAACGUUUAUUAGCAAAGGGAAUUCAUCCAACGAUUAUUUCUGAGUCAUUUCAAAAAGCUGCCAAACGUUCGUGUGAAAUUAUGUUGGAUAUGUCUCACGAGAUCUCUCUUGAUGAUAAGGAUGCACUAAUUAGGGCUGCCACUACUUCAUUAUCAUCCAAGAUUGUUGCACAGCAUUCAUCAUUGUUAGGUCCAAUUGCUGUGGAUGCUGUUCUUAAAGUGGCCAACGAAGAAGCACAUAAUGUCGAUCUCAACGAUGUUCGAUUGGUUAAGAAAGUGGGUGGUACCAUUGACGAUACAGAGAUGGUAGAUGGUGUGGUGCUAACUCAAAAUGUCAUGAAAUCUGCAGGUGGUCCAACCAGAGUUGAAAAGGCAAGAAUAGGACUUGUUCAGUUUUGUUUAUCACCUCCUAAACCGGACAUGGAGAACAAUAUUGUUGUCAAUGAUUACCGUCAGAUGGAUAAGAUAUUGAAAGAGGAGAGGAUGUAUCUUCUAAACAUCUGUAAGAAGAUCAAAAAGGCCAAAUGUAACGUUAUUCUCAUUCAGAAGUCAAUUUUGAGAGAUGCUGUCAAUGAAUUGGCACUUCAUUUCUUGUCAAAGUUACAUAUUCUUGUCGUCAAAGAUAUUGAAAGAGAUGAGAUCGGGUUCCUUUCGAAGAGCCUCGGUUGUAAGCCUAUUGCCGAUGUCGAAUCGUUUAACGAGGGUCGUCUUGGGUCAGCCGAUCUCGUGGAAGAGGAGGAAUCUGACGGUUCGAGAAUUAUCAAGAUUUCAGGUAUCAAAAAGGUGACACAUCCAACCGUUUCUAUUGUUUGCCGUGGUGCCAAUCAGCAGGUACUAGAUGAAACAGAGAGAUCGAUUCAUGAUGCCCUUUGCGUGAUCAGAUGUCUUGUUAAGGAAAGAGCCUUAAUUGCCGGUGGUGGCGCCCCAGAGAUUGAGGUUUCCAGGCAGUUGUUGAAAGAGGUUCAUUCACUAUCUGGAGUGGAGCAACUUUGUUUCACAGAAUUUGCCUUUGCCUUGGAAGUGAUUCCUACUACUUUGGCAGAAAAUGCGGGUUUGAACCCUAUUGAAUUGGUCACAGAACUACGUAACAGGCAUGAAAAUGGGGAGAAGGAAGCUGGCAUUAGCGUGAGGAGAUCUGGUGCCACCAGCACCUACAAUGAGCAUGUUAUCCAGCCUGUUCUAGUCAAUACUAGUGCAAUCACGCUCGCUUCCGAGACGGUAAAGUCGAUUUUGAGAAUCGACGAUAUCCAGUUCAGUCGCUGA